AUGGGCAACGUAGUAGCACGAGUUUGCCUCCUGCUAAAGAGUCGACACCGUCCCCCACUGGGUCGUCUGGGCCAAACCCGACCACUCCCAGUGUCCAGACAGCCCACCGCUCGCCCUGGCCGGGGGCACCCCGGGGCUCUGGCACCUGCUGACCCCCCGCACCAGCCUCGGAGGCCUCCACCAACCACCUUUAAAAUCACCCCCUGGAGGCCCUGUGCCCUGCCACCGGCCACGAACGCCCCUGUGCGGGUUCCUGCGGUGUGUGGGGGCCGUGGGGAGAAGCUGGUCCUGUCCCCGUCAAGGUCAGUGACCUUUGCGUACCGGAGCCCCGUCAGGAUCCCCGCUCCGGGGCGCCACUUCAAUGUCCUGCGGACACCCUCCCUCCAGACCCUCAAACCCACGGGGCGCACACUGGAGGCAACUAGAGAGAGUGGAGCCGAGACCACCCCCAGCCCGCAGGACACCGGGAGCGGCGAGGAGCCUUUGUCCAGUGGCCUGCAGGCCAGUGGCGCCGGCCCCAGGUCCUCCCGCCCCCUGCCUCUCCAGCUCCAGGCCGUGCAGGCAGGAGCAGAGACACCCUCGGCCGCAUCUCCCAGGCCCUCUGUCCCACCCCCAGCCGGACAUGUCCAGCCUCCUGGGGGGCCUCUUCCUAGCGCCGCAGUGUUGGCUGAGCCCUGCUGCUCGCUGCCAGGGAAGUCAACAGAGGGGAAGCAGCCUGCAGACCCCCGGGCCAGCUCUCCGGGUCCGCUGGUAGGCAACAAGGACACCGGAAAGAAGCCUCCAGGGGGUCCAUCAGGGAGCACUUCUCCACAGUCUGCAGGCAGGCGGGCCUGCAAGAGGAAACAUCCUCUACCGGAGACACCACAGCCGGCUCCUCUGCAACUGCCCCUGCAAUGGGGUCGCAGUGAGUUUCCCCCACCACCAAAGCUCACCUGUUUAGCCACCACAAACUUGCAGGCAACCAACAAUACCCAGGUGCCAACCAAGAACAUCCGGUCCAAGAGGAGUAUGAAGAAUCAGCCAGUAAUGACGAAGGGCCCAGCUGGCCCCAGUCCCACGUAG